UUCAUUUUCUUCUUUCUUCUUCUCACACUGUCCCCGAAACCUCUCCAAUUCUCCCCCAAAUCCUCCUCGGAAACCGAGACCGAUCCCUCUUUUCCCCACCCAACAAUGUCCAAGCAGACCUACAGAGUCUGCUUCUGCUUCCGCCGCCGGUUCAGACUCGCCGUCGCCGAGGCCCCGGACGAGAUUCGGGGCUUCUUCAACCGCUACUCCGAGAAUGGGCUCAUGUCGGCCGAUCACCUCCGCCGCUUCCUGGUCGAGGUCCAGAAGCAGGAGAAUGCCACCCUCGAGGACGCCCAAGCUGCUAUCAACAGUCUCCAGGAGCUCAAGCAUUUGAACAUCUUGCAUCACCACAGGGGUCAGAGUCUCAACCUCGAGACCUUCUUCAAGUACCUCUUCGGCGACAUUAACCCCCCAAUCGACCUCAAACGCGGGGUGCAGCAGGAUAUGACUGCUCCUCUUUCGCAUUAUUUCAUUUACACGGGGCACAACUCGUAUCUUACUGGGAACCAACUUAGUAGUGACUGUAGCGACAUUCCCAUCAUACAGGCGCUGCAGAGAGGCGUGAGGGUGAUUGAACUGGAUAUAUGGCCCAAUUCCAACAAGGAUGGCAUUGAAGUUCUCCAUGGAAGACUUCAGUCGUCUACUUUAAACCAGGAAAGCGAUUAUUUGUUGUUGUUAUUCACUGUAAUUCUUUCUUUCGUUCGGCUUAGGACACUGACAACCCCUGUGGAACUUAUCAAAUGUUUGCGGUCUAUCAAAGAGCAUGCCUUCACUGCAUCUGACUAUCCUGUAGUCAUAACUCUGGAAGACCACCUCACUCCAGAUCUGCAGGCUAAAGUAGCUGAGAUGGUCACACAAACGUUUGGAGACAUUCUGUUUUGUCCUGAUUCGGAUUGCUUAAAAGAAUUCCCCUCCCCUGAAUCAUUGAAGAAACGGAUUAUCAUAUCAACCAAACCACCAAAAGAGUAUAUGUCAGCUGCAGUUCCCAAAGACACCCAGGAAGGUGAUUCACAAAACGGGAAAACUGCAAGUGAUGAGGAAGCAUGGGGGAAAGAAGUGCCGCAUCUUAAAGGCCCUGCUUCAGGCAAUGACAAGGAAGAAACUGAGGAAGAUGAGGAUGAUGACGAGGAAGAUCCUGACGAAGGAGUGAACAGGUUCCAGAAGUCUCUUGCACCAGAAUAUAGACGUUUAAUUGCUAUUCAUGCUGGUAAGCCUAAAGGAGGAAUGGAUGAGUGUCUCAAAGUCGAUCCUGAAAAAGUGAGGCGUCUUAGCUUAAGUGAGCAGCAGCUAGAAAAAGUUGCAGAGGAUCGGGGUACAGAUAUUGUCAGAUUUACCCAGAGAAACAUUUUGAGGGUGUACCCAAAGGGCACUCGUAUUACUUCAUCCAACUACAACCCACUAAUCGGUUGGAUGCAUGGAGCUCAAAUGGUUGCUUUUAACAUGCAGGGAUUUGGAAGAUCUCUUUGGUUGAUGCAUGGGAUGUUCAAGUCCAAUGGAGGGUGUGGUUAUGUGAAGAAACCAGAUUUUCUACUGAAAUCAGGUCCUAAUAAUGAAGUAUUUGACCCUAGAGCUACGUUGCCUGUGAAGACAACUCUUAAGGUGAGGAUAUACAUGGGAGAAGGAUGGUAUUACGAUUUCCGCCACACUCAUUUUGAUCAAUAUUCCCCACCAGAUUUUUACACCAGGGUGGGGAUUGCUGGAGUCCCAGCUGAUGUAGUGAUGAAGAAAACAAAGACAUUAGAGGACAACUGGAUACCGGUUUGGAACGAAGAGUUUGAGUUCCAGUUAACAGUUCCAGAACUAGCCUUGCUGAGGCUCGAAGUCCAUGAGUAUGACAUGUCGGAAAAGGAUGAUUUUGGAGGCCAGACUGUUCUCCCUGUGUCUGAAAUACAAAGUGGAAUUCGAGCUGUUCCUCUCCAUGAUCGGGAGGGCAAGAAAUACAACAAUGUCAAGCUACUGGUGCACUUUGAUUUUGUGUGAGAUGAAAUGGGCAAAAUCGUGGAGAACUCUGAAAGGAUACAUAGGAUUCGGUCGAGGUUGCUGUGCGACUGUGUGAGCAAUAAUGGCAUCUCCCUGUUGACCUUUCUGGUGUUGCAGAUGAGGCAGGAUAUGGAAGUUGCUUUAUUUUCUUUGCCGGUUCAUUCGUCGACUCAGACUUCAGUCACAGAAUCUUUCCUACAGUUUGUAUGGCUUAGAGUAACUUGAGCUAUCGCAGGUGAAUAUAUGUACCAUCAAACAAAACUCCGCCUGUUUGGAUAAUGGUGUGUCUCUAGGGAGUUGGAUUGAAGGUUCAUGUCGUAGUGCUGUAAAGGGUGGGUUUUGGCGUGUGUAUAUGUGGUGUAUAAAAAGCAAAAUCAAAAGGCAUGUGCUUGUGCUUCUUGAAGUUCAGUUAGGGGUCGUUUUUUGUUCAUUUGAAUAGUGUUUGUUCUGUAUCAAAUUUAAUAUAUUAUUGAUUUGCGAAAAUUCA